AAUUUUAUAUGAAAUCUAGUCAUGAACUGCGCUCUUUCCUUGUAUUUCCUUGUAUUUCUGUUCGCCGGUUUUCUGUAUUUCAGACUUCACAAAAUUGAUCCGCUUAAAAACUUCUAUGUUCAAUUUCCCGACCAAGACAAAUGCAUCCGUGAUUUAUUAUACCCGUAUAUCCAAGAUAGAAACAUCGAGCUUUUCGGCUCACUUCCACUAUUUAUCAAUCAAUGCUCAUACAAACAGCUUCGAUCGUAUUUCCAUUCUAUCCGAGAUGGCCAACAUUUAAGCAUUUUCUUACCUGUAGAAAAGGGAGGAGAUGAUGAUAUCCCUCCACAUGGAGAGUUUCUUUUUGCAGAGGACCAAUGUGUAAUUGUACAUGCUACAGAAAGAUCCGAUAUCAAAACGGAGCUGAAAAUGAAGAAAAAGUGGCCAUUAUGCAAAAUCGCGAAAGUCAGCACCCAAGCGACACCGGAUAAGACCAAUCAAAUCGAAGUGGUUCAGGCCAAACUGAAAUUGGCUUUCAAUGAAAAAUCGUUUAGCCAAGACAAAAGUUUUCUCGAUUUACACACUCUAAUGAGAGUUUUCCUAAAUAGUCGAUAUAUUGAAGCGUUGUACCUUGACGAAUCAGUUUCCCUUGAUGAAAUUCUGCAAUUUUCCGAUCAAAAAAGUUUUGCCAUGCUAUUUCCCGUUUGUCAGCUCACGGUGGUGCUUUUACAACCAGAAAAUACAUCAGAAGCCGCAGAGUUCUGGAAUUUUAUUCUAAACUUUGUUAUUGAUUCUCCACUAGUGUUGGUAUCUUCUCUGCAAAUUGAUCGGAAUAAAAUUGAUAUGGUAUUCUACAAUCCUGUUUACAAAUCUUGCAACUUCAAGCACUUGUCGAUUCCGUUCAAGAAAGGAGGAGUCAAAUUUUGAAACCAUUAAUUUUGUACGUACAUUUGUGUCAACAUUUUCUCCCCAUAAAUUCUUCAGUCCUU